GUUUCACUUUAGGUUGAAUUCCUCUCUCUCUCUCUAAUUAAAUUGUAGUUUUGGCUGGUUUUAAGUGGCAUAGCUCUUUAAUUUCAGGGACCAGUGUAGUUUAGUUUAGGACUUAAAUAAGUGCCUUUGUAAUAAACUUUGUUAUUGCCAUUUAAAUUAACAAUCAUGGCAAGAAAGAUGCUUAUUGAUGGGGAGGUGAACCAAACUAACCAAGUAGAAGAAGAGGCCCACUUUGAUUUUGAUUUGUUUGUUAUUGGAGCUGGGAGUGGUGGUGUUCGUGCUGCUAGGUUUUCUGCUAAUUAUGGAGCUAAGGUUGGAAUUUGUGAACUUCCAUUCCAUCCUAUCAGCUCAGAAGUAAUUGGAGGGGUUGGUGGAACGUGUGUUAUUCGUGGUUGUGUUCCAAAGAAGAUUUUAGUUUAUGGAGCCAAUUUUGGAGGUGAAAUUGAGGUGAGAACAGGAUACAUACCAGAAUGAAAUGAUCAAUUUACUUAAUGUGUUAGUGGCCAUCUUGUAGUUUUUUCAAGUUGCAAAGAUGGGAGUGAAGAGAACGUUCAUGACAAAUUUAGAACCUUCUGUGUGGAAUGUGAUUAUCUGAGAGCAUGUGGACAUUGGACUGUGUGCUUCUAUUGUUAAACAUUUCUGAAAUUGAUCAAUUUCAGAAACAUUAAGUUCUACUUAAACUGAAAUUUGAUGUCUCACAUUUGAAAUUGUUUGAAUGGUCAAUGAUACUUGUAUUUUUUUUGUGAUGACAAA